AUGAGUUUAAUAAAUGUAACAAAUAUAAAAAUUGGAAAUAAUGUUUGUAAUAUUAAAUUACCAUUAAUUUUUCAAAUAGAAUUUGAAUGUCUUGAACAUCUUAAACAUGAUGUUGAAUGGAAAGUUAUUUAUAUUACAUCUGAUGGGUCAGGUUAUAUCAAUAACACUAAUAACUCCAAUAAUACUACUGAUAAUUCAAUAAAUAAUCUUACACAUAUGACGGAUAGUACAAAUAAUAGUACAAAUAAUACUACAGAUGGUGCAGAAGAGAAAGAAUAUUUAAUAAGUAAUAAUAAGGGUGAAAUAAUAUUAGAUGCAGUAUGUUUAGGUCCAUUAUAUAAAGGUAUAUUAGAAUUUGAAUUCAGAGUUAAUCCACCCAAUUUUCAUCGUUUGAAUCCAGAAUGUAUAUUAGGAAUGCAAGCGAUAUUAAUAAGUGGAAAUUAUUGUGAACAAGAAUUUAUAAGAAUUGGUUAUUAUACAAAUAAUGUAUAUGAUGAAGAAAGUUUAGUAGAGAAUCCACCAGAUUUACCAAUUUUAGAUAAAAUUGUACGAUGUAUUAUUGAUCAACCUAGAGUUACAAGAUUCCCUAUUAAAUGGGAUAAUGAUUAUCUUGUUGAUUUUGAAGGUAAUAAUCUUAAUUUUAUUAUACAAACGGAUUCGGAUAAUUCCGUUACGGUGUCUAAUACCACAGAAGAUAUUACCAGUCCAACUACCAGUAAUAGUAAUAAUACAGAAGUAGAUACUACUAGUAAUAACACUGAAGAUACUACUAGUCCAACAAACAGUAAUAAUAAUAGUAGUAAUAGUAGUAGUGAACUAACUACUAGCAGUAAUAGUAAUGAAGUAGAUACUACUAGUCAUACUACUGAAGAUAGUACUAAUAGUAGUGGAACUAGUGAGGAUAGUAGUACAGUAGGACCAAGCACCGUAACUGAGGAGGAAAAUAUUAAUACUAUUGCUGCCGUAACUACAACCAGGGAGUCAGGUACUUUUUCUGAGGAUACUAAUACUGAUACUAUUACUGAGGUAGACCCUUUCAGGGCUGGCCGUGAACCUGACCCCGUUACUGAUGACAUGGAAUUAUAUGAAAAUAAAAAAAGAAAAUUAUCACAUUUAUAA